AUGGGUCUUCACAACGAUGUCCUUGGCUUGGCACGGUUCAUGCCAAACUGGAAGAAACAAUUCCUUCGAGACGUAAAAAAACCUCGUAAACAUGCUUGGUUUGUCACCAACCUUGGGGGCUAUGGACGAGAGGCCGGCAAAGGACACACAAAAGCCUGCAGACACUGCAACGGAUUGACUCUAGACUUGCGUCGCGACUCUAGGAGCCUGUACACGAUUGUUCAAAUUUGCUGGCAGACAAGCAACGCGACCGACUUCUGUUCUGGACAUAUACUGUCGCUAAACGCCACUGGCAAACUUCGCAAUGAAUUUGUCGCCGAAGCUGGCAAGGGAUCCUUGCUUCACCCUUGGCUCCGGUGGCGUUCGACUAUGGACAGAAACUACUCGUAUUUGGAAGAAGCGGAGCGUGAAAUUGCCGCUUUCCAUGGCGCCGAAGAAGGUUUACUCGUUGGUUCAGUAUUCGAAGCAAAUGUGGCGGUGGAGACCGCUUUACCCCAGCCUGGCGACGUGCUUCUUUACGACAAGCUAGUGCAUGCGAGUACCCAUGAAGGAAUGAAGAAGAGCCGUGCGAAGCAUCGAGUGGAAUUUCUUCACAAUGACCUGGAAAGCUUCCGGGAUACGAUUAUCGAUAUUUUGGAGAACGAUGGUUCCAUUCGCGAAGGUAAAUCUACCGUUCUUGUGGCUGUGGAGUCCAUAUAUAGCAUGGGCGGCGACGUUUGUCCACUGAGGGAGAUAGUUGACAUUGGAGAAAAACUAUGCUCGCGUCAAGGAAACAUACAGUUCAUUGUCGAUGAUGCAUACAGUGUCGGAGUGAUUGGACCCAAGGGUUCAGGCUUGGUCCGUGAACUAGGACUAGAGAAGCACGUUGCAGUGGUAGUCCAUUCCUAUCGAAAGCCAUCUCGAACACGUAUCCAAGCUCAUGCCCGGCUCUUCUUUGAGACUCUCACAUCCCAUCCAUUGUGGAAUAAGACAAAGUCCACAUCACUAAUCCGUGUACCUUUGGCUGAAGGCUGGGAGAAGAGGCCGUUCUUGACCCACAUAAUGACGGUGUCAACUCGCCAGAGAUACACCUACUGGCUAUUUGUGCAUCUGAUGGCAGCAUCCUACAGCGUCUUUCCUGUGCCAUGUCCCAUCGUCCCAAUUGGCCAGAACAGAUUGAGAAUCAUCUUCCACUCAAACAAUACCGAAUAA